AUGAACAUACAGGAAGAAGUAAAUCAUCAACAGCAACAGGAAACUUCUCCUAGAACACCACUCAGUGAAUCUCCUCCUCUUCCUUCAACAACAUCUCUUUUAUCUGAUAAUCAUCAUGAUGAUACUAACCCAAUGAAUAAUAACAAUAACAAUAAUAAUACUAGUAGUGAUGAUAAUAAUAAGAAUAAUAAUAUAACAAUUGAUGAUCCUAUGGAAGAAAAGGAUGAAGAAGAAGAAGAAGAACAUUUUGAAAGACCAAAAAACCUCUCCUCCUUUCUUUUAUUAUUAAAACAAUCUAAAACAUAUAGGAAUUUAUUUAAGAAGUUUUUGGGAUUAUUAUGUAUAUUGGUAGUGGUGAUUUUGUGGACAUUGGGAGGUGAAGCAAUUCAAUUAAUUUAUUCAGAUAUGGACUAUGAGAAACCUUUUCUGGUCACCUAUAUUAGUACUAGUUUAUUUUCAAUUUACUUGUUGGGAUUUAUAUUUGUUGGAACGUGGAGAAGACCAUUGUUAAAAAGUGUAUCUUGGUUGAUUAGAGCUAGUUUAAAUUGUUGUUUACCAAAACAGGUGUGUGAAAGAAUGGGAAUUUCACAAAUUGAUAGAAGAGAAUAUUCUAGAGUUGGGUCAGCAAGUCAAGAUUUAAGUCAAACACAAGUUGAAAAUCAAUCAAAUGAUGUGGAUGUUGGAAAAACAUUUAGAUUGGCUGUGAUUGUGACAUUCUUUUGGUUCUUUUCAAAUACUGCUUAUAAUUAUGCAUUACUUUAUACCAGUGUGGCCAGUGAUACAAUCAUUUCUAAUACUUCAUGUUUAUUUACAUUUCUAGUUGGUUUAUUAAUUGGUGUGGAAACUCAUUUCAGUGUUUUACGAUUUAUUGCAAUUCUUGUGACCUUAUCAGGUGUUGCACUUGUAACUUUAUCAGAUAGUCAUCACAAUGGAACAGGAAUGAAAACAGAUACUGUUUUGGGUAAUAUGCUUAGUUUAUUAGCAGCUAUGGGAUAUGGUAUCUAUAGUUCAAUAUUGAAAAAGUAUGAGGAAAAUGUUUCAAUGGCCAUGAUGUUUGGAUUUGUUGGAAUUUUGAAUUUAUUCUUCAAUUGGCCAAUUUUAUUCAUUCUUUGGGGAUUGGAUGUAGAAACAUUUGAAUUACCUUCUUGGAAAAUAUUCUUUGCAACAGUUGUUAAUAGUUUAAUUUCUGCUGUUUUGAGUGAUUUAUUAUGGGCAUUGGCAGUUGUCUUGACAUCUCCAGUAAUUGCCACAGUUGGUUUAACUCUAACAAUUCCAUUUGCCAUCGUUUGUGACAUGUUAAUUCGUUCAGAUUUUUCAGCGUUCAAUGUAAUGUAUGCAUUUGGUACUCUAUUUGUCUUGUUUGGAUUCAUUGCUGUUAACACAUCAUAUUAUCUUCCAAAGAAAGCUAGAAAAUAUGAUCAACCAUACUUUUGCAGUGUUGCCUAUCUUGUUACAAAGGUAAAACCACUCAUGCUUUCUUCCACCCCUGUUGGAGAUAUUGAGUCAAACAAAACUAUUCGAAAUUCCAAUAACCAAUCACCAAAUUCUCAUUAA